ACUCAUCAAUGGCACCCAAAAGAAAGAGCCAAGCAGUGUCAACAGAACGCUCCAAGAAAAUAGCAAAAGAAACAACUGCCACAGUAGAACGAGUCGCCAAAGUUGUUAUUGAACAAAGACCACCUGUCCCGCUGAGUGCUGUUGCAGCAAGACGUGCAGCUAUGAACGCAGGUCUGUACAAGCCUGCUGUAGUUGAAGAAGAAAAGGAAAACAAUGAGACAGAAGAACCCGAAGAAGUGGAGGAGCAAAAUAUUGAGGGCAUUGAGCUUAAAAGUAUUACUGACGAAGAAAAAGAGGUAGAAGAAGAAGAGGAAGACCAAGUGAUAACUGAGCCCUCAACACCCUAUGAAACACCUGCUAGCAAUAGUAAGCCUUUGCCUAAGCUUAAGCAAACUCCUGCAUUUAUAGAUUAUAAUUCUGUCAGUCGAUUCACACCUACGAAACACAAUAGCUGUAUUAUCAACCAGGAAGACGAUACCUAUUUGUUUCUAGGACUGAGAAAAGAAGAACAUGUGUUGUUUAUGGGCCAAGUGUUAGCAGCUCCUUUAUUUGGAUCUAUUUCAAUUGCCGGUGCUGUCUUGUCUUCUGGUAGACCAAUCCCCACACACACCAAAGAGGAUUUACAUGUAGCAUUUUAUCCUGUCUUCUCACCACGCACACACUCGUUACUCAGUAUUACAUCUACAUCACUUGAAGCACCCUCAAUCUGCCCUCAUAUCUACACAACUGAAUUAGACGAAUUUUUGAUGGAAGCAGUAUUUGAUGAACUUAAAGAUUUACACGAAUUUGAAUCUGUUGUUGUUAUUAAGAAUAUGGAAAACUCUGGUUUAGAUACUAUACGUGACGCUAUUGGAACAUUCAACAAAAACUUGACUCAAUUCACCAAGAAAGAAUACGACCCUAAACACAAAUCACUUGCUGUUCAUCUCUUGCCUAGAUUUCAGCCUAUUUUAAAGCCAACACCCGGUAUGAAAGCUCUCAAGAUUGAAUCAAGUUGGUCAGAACGUACUACAAUGGCAUUAGAAGAAGCAACAAAGCGAGAGAACCCAGUCGUGAGCGUGGUGUGUGGAGCUAAAGAUACAGGAAAGUCGUCUUACAGCCGAUACUUGAUCAACAGGUUGUUGUCCAAAUACAAGCGUGUUGCUUAUUUAGAAGCAGAUGUGGGACAGAGCGAAUUUACGCCAUCAGGACUAAUGUCUCUUCAUUACAUCAGUCAGCCAAUUUUAGGCCCUCCUUAUACACACCAGCAAUUGGAGCCUGAGAGAAGCUUCUUUUUUGGCUCGACUUCACCUAGAAAUAAUCCAGAUUACUAUCUCUCUUGCAUCAACACACUUGUGGAUUGCUGGAGACAUGACCAAGAACAAGUACGGGAUCAACAGGAAUCAGCAUGGCUUCCUUUGGUGGUGAAUACACAAGGCUGGGUAUCUGGCGUAGGCUACCAUUUACUUUUAAGCCAAAUUCAGAAAGUAGAGCCUACUGAUAUUUUCACGAUGCGCCACCACAUGUAUGAGUACAAGAAUUUACCUCCUUCAUUUUCUGUAGAUAUUAUGCCAGUCUCAACAGAAGCAUUUAAAGUUGCUAAGGAACCAGCCGUGUUACAUUACCUGGAUUGUGUAUUACAAGAUCCUAACGAGGUGACGUUGGCUGAUAAUUUUUCCUCGAUCCAGCAACGUGAAAUGACGCUUGCUUCUUAUUUCCAUCAGUCGGGUAUGGGUAUUGAACAUUACUUGAGUCCUCAAUGGGAAUUUGAGGAGCAUCUUAUUGAACGAGUGCCUUGGACGAUUGACUGGAGACAAUUGAAUGCUAUUUGGGUGACAUAUGAAGAAGUCAAACUGAACGAACUGUUUUAUGCACUGAAUGGUAGUCUAGUUGGCUUAAUAGGCCAAGUUGAAAACCACCAACAUCUAAAGGGACCCAAACGUACCAUAACUACCGAUACUUUUACUCCACCAAACUAUCUCAACACACAAGAACAACCUGCUCUUGAACCAGAGCAUACGACAUGUCAUGGUUUAGGCAUCAUAAGAGCCAUUGAUCCUUCUCGUCAUGCUAUUCUGUUGUUGACACCACUCCCUCUUGAUACACUUGAAAAAGUGUCUAGUAUUGUUAAAGGCGAGCUUCAAUUACCAUUGUGGACAAUGCUCGAUCGCCGACUAGAAAAGAGUUCAGGGGUUGCUAACGUACCAUGGACUAAAGUUCCUUAUAUAACCAAAGAAAGCACAGAAGGAGCAGGCGCUAAUGCACUUCGAGUGAGACGUAAUUUAUUGCGUAGAUCGCAAGCUUAAUAAAAAGGAAAUCAUCUAGAAAUUCAUGUACAAAACAGGCGUUUCUCCGCUCCAACCUAUUCUACAUAGUAUAUUCUCAAAGACGGUUGCACAUUAUAGCAUGACUGACAAGAUGCAAACUUGGUCCCGAGUAAUAAGAAAGGCAACAGGGUAUAAACGUGGCGUAUAGUUUCAUUGUCAUGUCAGACUAAAGUUCAGUUUCUCACUUUUUGUCUUCAUUUACACUUAUGACAUCAAAAAUAUUCAAGAGCCGAAAGGAGGUGCGGAUUUACAUGAUUUGUUUGCCCUUUUUAUCAUUCAUUGGCCUUCAGCCUUCUUUUUUUAUCUCAACAAUGACAUAUUCCAGUUAUUUCUUUCAGACUUAGGAAGACAAAACAAGUAAAAAGCAGAGCUUGACUAGUUUCUUUCAAAUGUUAACGACCUGUACGACCAUAAAGAGAAAAAAAAAACUAGAUAAAAGCAACAACAACAAAAAAAAAGAGGGAG